CGAGGCAGGAUAUAUGAGUUAUACCAGGUAAUAUCAGCCAUAGGUAUCAGCCAUGUGCUGCAGGAACAGAGGAAGGCUCUUUGUUCCUUUGAUGGUGUUUUUGGCACAUAAAGGCUGUUAAACAGCGACGCCCAGUGGUCGUAUGCGGAAACUGCGAGUGCUUUCUUAGAGACACUAUCAAUUUUGCCUUAAUGUAACAGUAGAAAGAGGCCAAAAAUAUCAAAUUUAUAGCUGCAAUAAACAAAAAACAUACAUUAGAGAAAUAUGCCUUUACAGUUUUUAUCACCUAACCUUGGGUUUGGUCGGUACCUCUUUGAAGACGGCUAACACACAAACAGGACCUGAACCCACUUGAAACCAGUCGACCUUAUUGUGGAUUUCCUCUCAGUCUUUGUCCUGAAAUGUUCCCCAAAGUUUGGUCAAACUUUAAGCGGAGCUUUCAGGCCAAACUGCUUUCGCUGAGGUUAUGGUGGAAGGCUGCAUUUCCUAUAUCUGUGGCUCCUUCUAUGGCUGCCGACGACUACAACCCUGUCUCCCUCCGACACAAAUCCAAGAAGAAGAGCCGAGGAGGCAAUGGUACAAUGAGCAGAAGACGGAUCUCAGUCAAAGAGCUGGGUCAUUCAGACCACCAGGGCUGGCUGUACAGGAAGAAAGAGAGCAAAGGCUUCCUGGGUAUCAAAUGGAAGAAGUACUGGUUUGUGCUGAAGAAGACGGCUCUCUACUGGUAUACCAACCAGCUGGCAGAAAAAGCCGAAGGUUACAUCGAUCUCACCAACUUCAUGAUUGACAUAGCCAUCGAGUGCAAGAAGAAACAUGCAUUCAAAGCUUGCCACCCACAAGUCAUGAUGUUUUAUUUCGCUGCUGAAAGCCACGAGGACAUGAACUUAUGGUUGAAUAAGCUUGGGCUAGCCUCCAUUCAGUAUGAGCCAACAGAACGAAACACUGCAGCCGAGUGUUACAGUGAAGCCAGUGACCAUGAAGAAGCUGAAAGCACAGAAAUCCCCCCUCCACCAUACUCUGAGCAGACUCUACGGGGCUCCAUGGAUGCUCCUGGUCCACCUGGUAGCACACAUCAGGGCACUCUUCCUCCCCCUUACUCCUCCGCGAUCCCCAGCGAAGCUAACGGUUCGCUCUCCUCACCCGUCAGUACGAUGACAUCGCAGAGCUCCGCCUCCUCGCUCGCCAAGCACCGACAGUCCUGGAUGGACCUGGUCUCGCAGGCCUCUCCUCCAGUCGGGGAAACGGCAGUGGUGUGCUCGGCCCAGGUUCACUCGUAUCAGCCUCCACAAGAGGAGACAGAAGAGGAGACGGUGUUGGAGAACUUGGCUUCCCAGGACUCCUCAGAAAUAGAGUCAAAUGAGGAAACGCCUGCAGCGGAGGGGGAGGGACAGAGGCUUUUAGGUGCUCGAAGUGAAGGCGAUCAUGGGAACAGCUCAGAUGAGAUGGAGAAGCUGUAUAUUCAUCUAAAAGAGGCCAGCCUUUCGCCAAUAGGAGAUCGCAAACCAUCCACAAGACGGGAAUUCAGGGCCUCCUUCAUUAAACGCUGUAAAAACCAGACUGUCAAUGAUAAGCUGCACCUUAUCAGGACACUCAACAGCACAUUAAAGUCAAAAGAGGCGGACUUGCAGACAAUAGAGCAGGUGCUGUCGGAUCCACAGCUUACCUCAGACAAGUUCAAAACGUGGAAGGAGGCUAAUGCGACCUUGGUGCAGGAAAUCUGCGUCCAACAGGACCAGCAGGUGGCAUCGGAGGCCACAAAGGCUGCAGCAUCAGUCAUUGCUGCUCCUGUGGUCGAGACCAGUUUAUAAAGACUUUACGUGACUGUUUUUACUGUAUUUGGACUUGGAGGACAACUCUCUCUCUCUCUCUCACACACACACACACACACACACACACACACACACACACACACCACACACACACACACACACACUGCUGUCGGUUAUUCAGUCAAGACCUGUUUCACAGAAGUGGAUAUUUAAAUGCUAUUCAACAAGUAACUGGAUCAAUGAAGAGUGUUUUUUAGUUUCUAUGUGAAAAUGGAGACAUUAUAUGAUAAGCAGCUCACAUUAAAAUGUGAAAAGUGUCUUAGUAUUACUGUUACUGUUUCAUUUCUAGGAUUAGCACAUUUUACAGCUGGUUGUUUUGUGUUGUAAUUGAAUGAGCCUAUGCAUAAACUUAUUUUGAAUGAUGGAUUACGUUGAAAUAAUGGAGCCAUUGUUAUCUGCAUGGAAACACUUGUUUUUAUGGUAUGUUUUAUCUACUUUAAAUUCAUCUGUAAUGAACAAGUUUCUGUUUUGUUUUCAAACUGUUUUCAGUCAAUUAUUGGUGCCAUGCACCAUCAGUGCCUGUUACAUAUGUUUUACUGUGACUGUUGUGAGUGAUUUUUGUAUCUUUCACCCUAGACGUUCUAUCGUCAUACUUAACAGUAAGACUUUCCAGACUGAACACUAGGGCCUGCACUAACAGAAUAAAUGUUGGUUACAAAUCAUGACAAUUUCAGAUUUUUAUAAAUCAAACAUGUCAAAUCUUUGUUCCUGUGAUGUAAUUUAAAGCCAAGGGAUGUGAUAACCUGAUGUUUUAGUAGAAAAAUCUAAUUAUCUACUAAACCAAAACCAACCUUAAAAUAAAGAAUCUACUUAAAUCCAACCUAAAAGCAAAAAAUCUGUCAGUCUGUUGACCACUGAUAUUGACCUUAUUACACAAUUAAAUUUUUUUUUCAAACUUGAUAAAGACUCCAUAACUUAUAUUAACUAUAGAUACAAUAUAUUGAUUAUAAGGUGCGUCGUAGCUGUAUUAAUUGCAUUUAAGCACAGGAUACAUGGUGGAUAAUUCUCAGGACAAACUUUCCGGGACCAUACAAGCAAUAGACCCGGUAGACACUGUAGGCUACAAGUUCCAGAUUAAUGGAUGAUUUUGAUGUCAUAUGGACAUCAGACAUUAUGUGACUGCAAACAGGUUUAGGAAUUUCAGGCCAAACAGGGUCCUUGGACAUCGUGCCAGGACCUGCUGGUAGGGAUCCAACUAAACUCCAGACUCAAUGAUGCAUAUUUUCUUAUCUUUCAUCUGUUUCAUCUGUGUAUGUAAGAUAUUAACUCGAUGUAAAUAACUGUACAUGAUGAGCGUGUGAUGUUAAAUCUCUUUGUUCUCAGUUCUGGUAUGAAUGUCAGUGUGACUGUUUGUAUACAGGGCAAUAAAGUAUUGUCACAAGAUUCA